AUGGCGGCGUCUGCAUCGCCCUCAACGAACAACCCGGGUCUGCUCAACCACAUGAUCCGCGCCGUGCUCGCCGGCGGCUUCAUCUCCGUCCUCCUCUUCUUCAUGGCGGUGCACUUCUACUACGCCAGCGCCGCUCUGCUGGACUUGGUGGUGCUGCUCAUUCUCUUUUCUUUCCUGUCCUUCUUUGGCCUGAGCAUGGCCUCGCUCGUGCUCUCGGCCGUGGUGGGCCCUGGUGAACUACCCUCGCGCUUCUCGGCGGCGCGCAUGGAGACGUUCAUUCGCGAAGAGCUGCAGUGUGCCGUGGCAAAGGCGUGUGGCCGCAGCGGCAGCGGUCAGGCAGGAACAAGGGCAGGGCCGGUGCGUGAGGGUGCCGCCAGUGACCGCAAGAGCUGCAGUGCUGUGGCGGCGAAGGAGAAGGUGGAGAAGCCGAACUGGAACGAUGUGGAUGAGGCUGAGAGCCAGCAGCUGGCGAACGCCGCUUCUGCCGCAGCGAUCCUGCGGCGCAGCAGUCCCACUGCCGAGGAGGAGGCUCUAGAGCGUACCGCCGUCGAGGCGCGGCUGUGCAUGUACACGGAAGACGGUGGCUCGACGUCUCAUCUCUCCGAUGGCGACACGGCAGGUGCAGUGGGCGGGGCACGGCAAGCUGAGGACAACGGCCAUGACAGCGAGGAGGUUGCAGCGGAGGGCAACUCAGAGCUGCCGCCGUACAUGACGGAGGCGAUGCUAAUGCGGCGCCAACGCAAAAUCCGUCGAGGGCUGGAGGUUGUGCUGGUGAGUCAUGCUGCCCGCAAGGUGCUGGAGGCUAUCGACGGCACCGACAUGGAUCGCAAACAGGAGGAGAUGGGCUUCCUUAUUCCUGGUGCCAACUGGUGCCGGUUCUGCAACUUUUAUCAGAUGAACGAUACGCGUCACUGCAAGGUGUGCAACCGGUGCGUGUACCGCUCGAAGCUGCACUGCAUCUGCUGCGGGCAGUGCAUCGGCUACGCGAACAGCAAGUAUUACGUGCUCUUUCUUUUCUACCUAUGCCUGUCCUUGGUGAUGGCGGACGUGCUCGACCUCUACUGUGUCUUCUGGGGGUACACGUUCUUCUUCAAGGCUUCAGGCGAUGCCAACUCGGUCUUUUAUUUGGUCUUUGUGUACAGUGCGAGCUUCGCCGUUGUCGGACUGGGACUCCUGCUGCAGUAUCUCUACGCUGCCGGCCGCGGUGUGGGUCUUCUCACGGACCUGCUGCGACAGCAGCGAGACGAGCUUCAGGUCGCCCGGGCACGCAACAACGGCGAGCAAUACCAGCCUGUGCUGUCGGAGAGAACCAUGCACGCGGCCGAGGAGGGUUCGGCCAGUCCCAUGCAGGAGGCCUUGCCGUUUAGCUGGCGCAUGGCCAUGGAGACCGUGGGGGAAGGGCUGCCGCUGCCGCUGUGGUUCUGGCCGACCCCGACGUUGUCCACCACCAAGGAGACGGAUGACCCGCCGGACUUCUGGGUUGCUUUCAAGGAGGCGAUCCGCCUUCGCCUGCGCAGUGUCGCCGACGAGGACGACGUCUUUAGCGACGAGGACGUGCUCGGCGAUGCUCAUGCGGCCGACGGUCUCACCAAUGGCGCAGCACGGUUGGCUGCGGAUAUCGCGCGCGUUUCCCCCCAACUUUCGACAGCGUCAACAGUUCUACCGCUAAGGGAGCGAAUGCCGCACCACGUGAAGAGCACGGAUGUGACGGUGGUAGACCCGGUGGUGGUAGAGGUGCCUUCCGCAGCCUCACCGACGUACGUGAAUCCCUCGGCACCGCCGGCUGCCAAGGUGGCACCUGUUCCUAAGCAUGAGGCGGACUAA